AUGUGGCACGAAGCUCGAAAACAAGAGAAAAAAAUUAGAGGAAUGAUGGUUGAUUAUAGAAAAAGAGCGGAAAGAAGGAGAGAUUUUUAUGAAAAAUUUAAAGCUGAUCCCACUCAAUUUCUACAACUACAUGGACGACCUUGUAAAAUUCACUUAGAUCCAGCUGUAGCAGUUGCUGGGGAUAGCGCCUCGGUUAUGAUGCCCUGGCAAGGUCACCCUGACAUUCUCAUUGAUCGUUUUGAUGUGAGAGCUCAUUUAGAUAUAAUCACUGAAAAUUUACCAUCCAAAAAUGAUGAAGAAGUUAUGAGUUAUGAAGAAAGAAUGAUGAAUUAUGAAAGAUACAGGAUUUUGGUACAAAAUGAAUUUCUCGGAGUGAAUGAAGAAAAAUUUUUAAAUCAAAUAUAUUUGGAAGAGCAGUUUGGGCCAAUAGCUUUAAAACAGUCUUCAGAAAUAUUAGAAAAAGAAAAAAGGAAAAAAGGAGCGGCUAUCGGAUUUACAUAUGAAGAUUCUACUCCAGAUGCUACAUUUUAUAACAUAUUAGAAAAAAAGCCAAAAGAGGAUGAUGCUAGCAAUAGUGAUGAUAGCGAUUUAGACUUUGAUCUCUGCCUUGAUCUUGGCCAAAUUGAUACACCUAGUGCACAUGAAAUGAAUGCAGUUGGACAACGCUUUGGUCUAACGGGAAAUGAUUUUUUUAGUUUUCUUACAAAUGAUGUUGAAGAACAAGAAGCUAUGAGACUUGCCAGACAACAAGAGGAAGAAAAAGCAAUGUUUUCUGGUCGAAAAGCUAGGAGAGAAAGACAAGCUUUUAGGGAAAAGAAGCUCAUAGGUCGUAUAAUGAGUCCCCCGAGCUAUGCUGCUAGAAAAUCCCCUACUUAUGAUAAGUACAGUAGAAGCAACAAAUCAUUAUCAAGGUCCGCUUCUCCGGAAAAUACUGGCCAAAUUACAUACAUUACUAGCUUUGGAGACGAUGAUUCAAACGAAGAAAAAAAUGACGAUAGUUCAAGAGAGCGGGAUGAUAGGUGCGUCAAAUCCUCACAUAGGAAUCGUCGAUCAAAAUCUGCAGGAAGUAGAUCCCGAAUUUUACCGCUGCGGUGCUCGGGUUCUAUACGGCGGAUAUUCAUACAGAAAAAUUUAUUUUACCGAUGCCAACACGAAACUGUUCGGGCGUCCGAUGAUUUAGUACAAAGAGUUAGUAAAGAAGUGAAGGAAGAUGUGGUUAGCAGCAGUGGCCCAACAUUUAAUGCCCAAAACGCUGCUAAUUCAAUGUAUAAUCAAAAUAUAAAAUACGAUGAUUCUUCUCUCCGUCGAAUGCCGGGAGAAACAACAGCCAAUGUUAAAAUGUCAUCGAUGAUGAACACGGGAGAAGAAUAUUGGAAAAAUUUUUAUAAAAAAUACAAAAAUGGAAACGUUAACGCAAACGACGUCGUUACAUUAUUCAAAGGAGUUUACGCGGAAGCUCAAUAUGCCAAAUAUAAAGAAGCUCCCAGUGCUUACUACACGUUGAGCUGUUGCGGAAUGGUACCCCUGUGUUCAAUAGGAUUGUUUAGUUUUAUAACGGGCGGCGUUUUUCCAUGGCUCGCUUAUGCUCAACUCACUUACAGCGCGAGUUUACUAUCAUUUUUGGGAGGAGUCAAUUGGGGUAAUUUGAUUAAUCAGAAAAAUGUGACGAUGGAUAAACUCGGUUGGGCCGUAGCAUCUCCGGUAUUGGCUUGGUCGGCCGUUUUGCUACCCCUUCCGAUCGGUUUCCUUUUCGCAGCAGCCGGAUUAACGACGUCCAUGAUUCACGAUAUUUUACUAACAAAUUAUCCGCAAUGGUUUAAAUCAACUCGUUACAUUUUAACGGUUGUCGCAUUGAUAUCUCUCCUUCCAACUUUUUUUAUAACCGUAGUUAAGUUUUAA